AUGGCGCCGAGUGCCACCUCCAGUCUUUCCUUAACCACCUCCAGAGACGGUGACCCCACCGCCUCCCUGGGCAGCCCAUUCCGAAGGUAUUUCUGGGAGCCCCGGCAGGCGCAGUGUCUUGUAGCGCCGGGGCGUUUGGUGAGCGUGAGAGAGCUAACACGGGGCAGCGCGCAACGCAGCUGUGCGCGGAAGCAAUUAUCGCUCUGGCCGCCGGCAGAGCCUCUUUUGGUAAGCUGGAGCCGGCUGGCCCGAGGUCCCGGGAGUGUCCGGGGGCAGAUCCCAGCCCAACGGGUCCCGGGAGUGUCCGGGGCAGAUCCCGGCCCAGCGGCUCCCGGGAGUGUCCGGGGGCAGAUCCCGGCCCAACGGGUCCCGGGAGUGUCCGGAGGCGGGUCCCGGCCCAGCGGGUCCCGGGAGUGUCCGGAGGCGGGUCCCGGCCCAACGGGUCCCGGGAGUGUCCGGGGCAGAUCCCGGCCCAGCGGGUCCCGGGAGUGUCCGGGCCCGGGUCCCGGCCCGGCGCCCAUGGGGGACCCUCAGCGCCCCCUGUGUCCCCGCCCCACGCGGGACGGCCCCGCCGGGCACUCUGCGCAUGCGCGCAGCUCCGCGCGCUCUCGCCCUGUGAUUGGUGCGCCGGCCAGGUCGUCUCGCGAAAGCGGCGCGCGCCCCGCCCCACCCCAAGUGCGCACGCGCGUUGCCGCCCGAGGCCCUUCAGGCGCGGCGCCCCCGCCCGCGCGCCCUGGCGUAGUGCGCGUGCGCACGGGCGUGGGGCGCGUGCGCUGCUGGCGGGGGAGGCGGAGGGAAGAUGGCGGGCGGCCGCGGGUCGUGAGGCGGCGGCGGCGGCGGAGUUUGCCGGAGCCAGGAGGACGAGGCGGGCGGCGAGGUGUCGGUGGGGCGCGGAGUCCCGGUACGAGAGGUUGGCUGGGCGGUGAGUGCGGCUCAGUGCUGGGCGGGGCGGGGGAGCAGCCGGGGAAGCGAGGCCGCCUCCGCCAUUUUUAG